AUGACUACCCCUCGACAGCCUAAAUCGGAAUCUUCUAGCAACCUGGGAUCUCCUCCGUCCUUCUUCAAACAGCUACUCAACGAGAUUGGUGGCGUCAGCACUCUGACAGCUUCGGGCAAUGACAAGACUUUGCGAAACAGUUCAAGAGCGGGCACCACUGGAAAUGUAGAGAAGCGCGUGCCUUCGAUCUGGGUCGGUGGUGCGUCCGCUGCUCGAGACGCCCGCGAGAAACUUCGAGCAGCCGACGAAGCACGUUCGAGGAAGAAGAACAUAACCAAAGCCGAAGGCAUACCGCCAAGUUCGAGCUUGCCUCAGCAUGCAAGUUUCAAGUCAAGCCAAUCGACUGUAGCCUCGUCUGGAGAUUAUUACACAGUGAGCCACCGUCAUAACGAGACCUGUGGCAUUCCGAAAAUCGAGCAAAAGACAACUUCCAGUGACGAAUAUGUCUUGAGCGCGGAUGUCCUGCCCUCAUCACAGCCGCGACUCAAUCUACAAAAGUUAAAGAUCCCACUGCGAACAGUACCCGAUGAACAUACCCAAUCAAGCUCGCCACUGACGUCCUGCGGAUCUGACCAGUCGUCAGAUACAUCCUCUAGCGAAGCUCCAACUUCUGCAUUGACUGCGUCCUCCUCUAACGCAGCCACCGCAUUGUCUCAUUUUGAGGGUAGAAGUAAGGCUUCCCGCAAGAGAGGACGCAGUGUUGAUGACACGGAAGACGAACUGCUCUUGAAAAAGAUGCGCCCCCUGACAUCGCCGCAAACACGGAAGUCGGCGACUACUUCAAACAGCGAGCCACAUCUCACCACGUCCCCCAAAAGUUCUCCUGAUAAAUACAGACUUUUGUUGCCCGGACUAAAAUUUACGGGAAGGUCAUUGGCUGGUGCGGUGAUCAACACGCCCAUUGAACACCUCCCGAAUGACGCAAAUAUCAAGUCCAGCAUCGCCAUUCAGAGUCCAGAGCCUAGUAUAAUACUGCAGCCGACAACCCCCGUGAAACUCUCAGCAUGGCAAUACACUUCUGCAACCCCGGAGCCGCCAGAAACCCCAAGCUUCGCAAGGACCCUGCACCUAUUUGAUACGAGCGUGUCCGUCUACAAGGAUGACAAAGGUGAUGAAUGGAUGCACGACAUCUCUAUUUUUAAAUCCACACAUGGUGAUGAAUGGGCGCAAAACUCGCUGUGCAAGCAUUGCUUUUCACGCAGUGGUAAGUUCAGUAGGAUAAUGACGUACGGUUAUGAGACGUGCGGGCGUGAGGAAUGUCUAGAGGAUUAUCAUUGGGAGCCUGCGGUUAGUCCAAAUUGCUAG